AUGACAGACGGGCCACCAACAGACCGAAAAGACCGCAAGACUUUUGUACCUCCGGCCAGUGUUGGCGGGGGCUCAUUGAUGAUUGCGUGGCAGCUAAAGAACAAGACGGUUCUCAUCGUUGGUGGGGGAGAAGUUGCUUCACAGCGCAUAGAGUCUAUCCUUGGAACCGACGCUCGUAUGAUCGUUCUCUGCCCCCAGAAAGGACUUCAUCAGCGAACUAAAGAUCUCGUCGAACACUACCCCGAACGCAUAACCUACUAUGAUCGUCGUUUCACCGGACCCGCAGAAUUGCACAAAAUCGACCUGGUUCUUACAGCUGUCGAUGACCCUCAGCGUUCGCGCGACAUUGUCGAGCUAUGUCGACAGGCCAAAAUCCCUGUCAACGCCGCCGAUAUCCCAGACCUUUGCGACUUCUUUUUUGGUUCUCAAAUACGCGACGGUCCUCUGCAGGUCAUAGUUUCUACCAAUGGCAAUGGCCCCAGGUUGUCCAACUUGAUCAGGAAGAAGUUGGAAGCUGGCCUAUCCGGUUACGAGGGAGAAGCGAUCAAGAAGAUUGGACAGCUCAGGGCUCAACUGAAGGAACGCGCCCCCGGCAUUGGAGGUGUUAUUGGUCGGAAGAGAAUGCAGUGGAUGACCAAACUUUGCAACUCAUGGGAGAUGGUUGACUUCACGCAGCUGAAUGACUCAAUGAUACAAAAUCUUCUCGAUGAAGGAUGGGAGAAAGAUCGCGUUCCUACGAUAGAAGCCCUUGGUGGAAAGCCUACGUCGAUGCCAUCAACUGUAUCGUCCACACACAGUGCCACACCUUCAUCCAUCGUUCCAUGGACCGUCGGACUGGUCACCGGCGUGGUCGUCAGUUUCGCGUACAUGAAAUAUCGCUGGCACGCGUAA